AUGCCAAACCUUAUAUCCUACUUUGUUCUCAGCUUCUGCCUCAUCGGACUGGUCAAAUCAUUGGAUAGCGGCACAGGAUCCGAUUCUGUUUGCGGAUAUAUCGAUGGUGAUAUUGAUCGUGCCCUUGAAUGCUCAUCUAAAUCUUGUGGUUUCUUAUCCAUACAAGGCCACAGCAAUAGAUAUAUCGGGUGUUGUGAUGGCGUGUAUUGUGCCAUUCCGACUGUAUGUAUCGAAUCAGGCUCAGCAUCCAACAGUUACACUGUGGAGUGCAUCAACGACUCCCUCCCGGCAUGUGCAACGUAUACAUGGCCAGAGCUCGAGGCAAAGGGAUACUUCUGUGCACCUUCUAGGACUACCGUAACAGUAAUCACAGAAACAACUUUUGGUGGUCAGACCACUUCAACAGCCGACAGGUCAGCGACAGCAGGUCCACCAGAUCCAAGCAGCGAUCCUUUUUCAAGGCCAACAGAAACUGCAGCGCGGCCGACUGUAACUGUGACGGCGAGUGGGCACCCGCAACCAACAGAGGGUGGUGGACCAAACCUGGGGACCGAACAUGACUUGAGCUCACGACAGAGAAUUGGCGCAGGAGUUGGCUCAGGGGUUUCUGGGGGAUUGCUCUUGGUCUUUUUUGUGGAGGGUGUUAUUGGUGGCAAAGUCCACAUAGAUGAUCAUAUCCUCAGUGGAUACAGAGUAGACGAUCCGACAAAAAUUGGAGGAAAAUCAGGGCCUGGGAAUCUCCAAGCCUUGGUUAUGAUCGCACUAGCGAUGCAAGACAACGACAAGACCAAGGACGCCAGCAGUCUCAAUAUCUUAUGA